UUUAAUUCCAAGUCCAUACCACUUACCCCAUUUUCUCAAUAGUCUCUUCUUCUCUGCUUUCUCUCAUGCCCUUUUACCAUUUCCAAAUACAAAUUUGACCCAAAGAACACAAACCCUAGAAUGGAGGACGAAUUGAGCAACUUCAUCAAGGUAUGGCUUUCAAUCUUGGUUUCUUUAUCUUAUUGCUAUGUUAUGAGUAAAGUGGUCUCCAAAGGCAUGAAAAGACUCCUUUGUUUUCUCCCAAUUGUCUUCCUCUUUCUCUUUCUUCCUCUCAAACUCAAUUCCAUAAACUUCGGAGGUGGAACUGCCUUUUUCAUUUCUUGGCUAGCUAACUUCAAGCUUUUACUCUUAGCUUUCGAAAAAGGCCCUUUAUCUUCACCAAACCCAUCAAUCUCAUUUGGUCUUUUCAUGGCCAUUGCUUGCCUCCCCAUAGAGAUCAAACAAAACCCAUCUCAAAACGACACGAACCCACCUUCACCAAACUCACAAUCUUCAAGAAAAGCUAGUCAAAACAAAGAAAACCCAUCUCAUAAAACGACAAAAGAAGCCACAAAACGACCUCUAAUCAACUUCCCAACAAAAGCUCUUCUUUUGGCCAUUCUACUUAAAGUUCUUGAUCAAAAACAACACAUUCACCCAAAUGUCGUUUUGGUUAUUUUCUGUUUUUUGAUAUAUUUACUCCUCGAGAUCAUUUUGGCCACAGUGGCUGCCUUGGCUCGAGCCUUGGUGGGACUUGAGCUCGAGCCACAGUUCAACGAGCCAUACCUCUCGACCUCACUCCAAGACUUCUGGGGACGAAGGUGGAACCUCAUGGUAACGCGUAUACUGCGCCCCACCGUAUACGAACCCACCCUCAGAUUCGCAUCACCUUUUCUGGGCCGAAAGUGGGCUCCGGUCCCAGCCAUCAAUGGAACCUUCCUGGUCUCCGGCCUCGUUCACGAGCUCAUUUACUAUUACAUGGCGCGCGUGCCGCCCACGUGGGAGGUGACGUCUUUCUUCGUUCUCCAUGGACUUUGUUUGACGGUCGAGAUUACUCUCAAGAAGGCUUUGAAUGACACGUGGCGGCUUCCAAGGGUGGUGUCAGCAGUGUUGACUAUUGGGUUUGUGAUGUUGACCGGUUUUUGGCUUUUCUUUCCACAAUUUCUUCGGUGCAAAGCUGAUGUUAGGCUGCUUCAUGAAUAUGCGAUUUUUGGUGGUCUUUUUAGGAAUUUAUUAUGAUUUUUUUUUUAAUUUCUAUUAUUUGAAGUUGUAUUUUUUUGACACAUAUAUAAUAAUGCCAUUUAAAAAUAUAUAUGUAUAAUAAUGCCAGCCUCAUAUUAUUUGGAUGGAACCUCGAUAGAUAAGAAUUGCAAUUUCCAAUAUUGUUUUUUAUAAUAAUAAUAAUAUGUAUUAAAUGAGAAUUUGGAUUAGGUGAAAAAUCCUACUAAUACAACAUUAAUUUGGGUGAUUUACUUACAUAAA